AUGCGUGCGGCCAGUCAUACAAUACACGAAUUCCGGUUGCCAAGUCAAGUUCAGUUUCAGAUAAACGCUUGCCAGACCGAUCGGCCAGCGAAGCCCCAGUCAGUGUCCCGGUCCCAGCGGAGCUUUUAUUCCCAGCGUCUGGCAUCUCCCGUGCAGGCUCCUUGUUCUCGAUGUGAAGGUUUUAUGCGUUCUGUUUUAACCCAAACCAUAGAUUUACUGAGCGAUUUAGAAAACAUCUUGUCAAGUAAUCUGCCUGGUCAGACAUUAGAUAAUCGUAGUCUUUUAUUUGACACAAAUCCUGGACCUGACACCCAGUUCCCACCUGGCCCAGCCUGGAAUCCUGGAAUAGAUUUUGAUAUUGAAGAGUUCUUUUCAGCCUCAAAUAUCCAGACUUAAACUGAAGAGAGUGAACUUAGCACCAUGAAUACUGAGCCUGUCUUAGAAUCACUGGACAUAGGGACUCAAACUGACUUUCUCCUUGCAGACACCUCUGCUCAGUCCUACGGGUGUCGGGGAAAUUCGAACUUCUUAGGUCUUGAGAUGUUUGACACGCAGACAAAGACAGACUUAAAGUUCUUUUUAGACAGUAGCCCUCAUCUGCCUCUGGGGAGUAUCCUGAAACACUCCAGCUUCUCAAUGAGUACUAACUCAUCUGACACAGAGACCCAAACCGACGGAAUCACUGCUGCUAAAAACAUACCUGCCCUGGAAAGCAAAGUUCAGCUCAACAGUACAGAAACACAGACCAUGAGUUCUUGCUUUGAAACCCUGGGGAGCUUGUUCUUCACCAGCAAUGAAACUCAAACAGCAAUGGAUGACUUUCUACUGGCCGACCUGGCCUGGAACACGAUGGAGUCUCAGUUCAGCUCUGUAGAAACCCAGACCUGUGCUGAACUGCACGCGGUAUCCAACUUCUAAAAGCUGAGUCUGUGUGGGGCAGCAU